CCUCCUCUUAAACAGAGGAUAUAAACCUUGUCCUAAGGUUUAGGAAAGUUUCAUAAGCCCAAAGGAGGGGCUGCACCCAUAGAAUCCCUUUGAAGACCAAAAGAAUGGACAAGACAAGUAAAAUGCAAGAUAAGCACCUCACAGGAACCUUGGUUCUCUCUGUCUUCACUGCAGUGCUGGGCUUCUUCCAGUACGGUUACAGCCUUGGUGUCAUCAAUGCGCCACAAAAGGUAAUAGAGGCCCAUUACAGACGUGUGCUGGGCAUUGCCCCUAUGGACAGAAGUGCCAUCAAUUUCUCAGAGGCAGAUGAAGGUACAGCCUUUCCAGGUAUAGAAGCAACAGAUAUAGUCACGAGUACGGCAAGCGCACACAACACCCUCACCAUGUAUUGGUCCCUGUCUGUGUCCACUUUCGCCAUUGGUGGGAUGAUUUCCUCCUUCACUGUUGGAUGGAUUGGAGACAAGUUAGGCAGGGUGAAAGCCAUGCUGGCGGUGAAUGUUCUCUCAAUCAUUGGAAGCCUCCUCAUGGGGCUGGCAAAAUUUGGCCCCUCUCACAUCCUCAUUAUAACUGGAAGAGCAAUCACAGGGCUCUACUGUGGGCUUUCAUCGGGACUUGUUCCAAUGUAUGUUGGUGAGGUAUCGCCCACAGCCCUUCGAGGAGCACUAGGAACACUUCACCAGCUGGCGAUAGUCACCGGGAUUCUCAUCAGCCAGAUCCUUGGACUAGACUUUCUGCUGGGCAAUGAUGACAUGUGGCCUCUGCUCCUCAGCCUUUCUGGCGGUGCUGCUGUCCUUCAGUUUUUCCUUCUUCUACUGUGCCCAGAAAGCCCAAGAUAUCUUUACAUUAAACUAGGAAAGGUGGAGGAAGCUAAAAAAAGUUUGAGAAGGCUUAGAGGAAACUAUGACCCCAUGAAAGAGAUUGCAGAAAUGGAGAAGGAAAAACAAGAAGCUGCCAGUGAAAAGAGAGUCUCCAUAAAGAAGCUUUUUGCCUCUUCCAAUUACAGGCAGCCGAUCCUCGUGGCACUCAUGGUUCAGGUGUCUCAACAGUUUUCAGGAAUCAAUGCAAUCUUUUACUACUCUACAAAUAUUUUUGAAAGAGCUGGAGUUCAGCAACCAGUUUAUGCAACCAUUGGCGUUGGUGUUGUGAACACUGUCUUCACCGUUAUCUCUGUCUUCCUGGUGGAGAAAGCAGGGAGACGGUCCCUCUUUAUUGCUGGUUUGACUGGUAUGUUAGGAAGUGCCAUACUCAUGACAGUUGGACUUGAACUUCUGGGAAGAUUUGCUUGGAUGAGCUAUGUGAGCAUGGCGGCAAUCUUUCUCUUUGUAAUCUUCUUUGAAGUUGGGCCUGGCCCAAUCCCCUGGUUUAUUGUUGCCGAACUCUUCAGUCAAGGGCCCCGCCCUGCCGCCAUCGCUAUGGCUGGUUUCUGCAACUGGACCUGCAACUUCAUCAUCGGCAUGUGCUUCCAGUACAUUGCGGAUCUGUGUGGAUCUUACGCAUUCGUGAUCUUUGCUGCUCUGCUCCUAGGCUUCGUUGUGUUUGCUAUCUUUAAAGUGCCAGAAACCAAAGGGAAGUCUUUUGAAGAGAUUUCAGCUGAGUUUCGCCGCAAGAGACGCUCAGCAAUGAAAGGACCCAAAGCUGCUACUGAACUGGAGGAUCUUCGAGGGACCGAAGAGGCAUAAAACUCCCAGAUGUCUACAAGAAGGAGAUUAAAGAUGAAUGUUUUUCACAGGCAUCUCAAAGAACUUGCAUUGUUUUAUAAAGAUAUGGCAGCAAAAACACUAGUAGGUUAAACCAGUAUAAUGCCUUCUGACUAACAGGACUGGCAGGUUGUACCCUACUGCCCUAAAGACUCAGAUCCAUAUUACACUCUCAGGAGCAAUAUAUGUGUGCUGUACGAAGAGAUAUCUAGAAAAGAAAGGAAAGACUAUAUGGAGGUAGGCUUCUAUGCUCCACUGCAUUGAUUCAGAAGGAUAACACUCUGCAUUUGCCAGAGAAUAGUAUAGGACUGAAUAGGAGCAUCAUGCAGAAGGAACAGAAGAAAGGAAGAGGGGAUUUAUGGUAAAGAAGAGGUGAUUUAUACUUGUAAUGAUUCCACCCUUCUUUCUCAUGCCUGUUGAGUCCUUCUGCUUAAAUACGUGACACCUUGAGAAACUAAAUACUACCGUAGAGGUCACAUGAGCACAAAACAAUAAGAAGUGGAAGGGGCUAAUGAUAAAAGACUGAGUGUUUGCACAUCCUAGUCUUAUAUGACAAAUCCCUGCCGAGUGGCAGGAUACCAUUCCCAUGAAAAUGUGCUAGACCCUAAACCUUGCUUGUUUGAUUUACUAUGAAAUAGUCACAGAAAUGCUGCCUGGUUCUGUAAGGAUUUUCCAGCUGAACUGCCCAUUUGAAGACAGAUUUAAUAAAUCCUGGCCAGAGAAGUUGCCCAUUGAUAUUUGUGGGUAAAAAUCUUUCACUGCUCUUUCUUUUUGGUGAGGCAAUUGCUCAGGAGAUAUCAACAUGCGGUAAUGUAGCCUCACAGGCCUGCCUGUACCGGGAGUGAAUAGAGGUGGAUUAUUAUGCUUAUCUCUACAGGCUCCCCGUGUUACUCUGGGAAAGUCACUUCACCUCUCUGCUACGGUUUGCCCUCCCCUCCUUGCCCGUCUUGUCUGCUUAGACUGUGAGCUCCUCAGGGCAGGGUCUCUCUCAUUCUUUUGGGCUUUAAGGCACUGUGGUAGGACAAGCAUUAAACAGCUAUAAGCGGGGGAAGCUUCUUAGCUACUGUGUAGUAUGUGUAGUAUUAUUAACUUCAAGCCUCAUGGGCUCUAUCAGAGCUGUGCGGCUUUUCCCUAACUGUAGAUGUUCAUCCUGGAUAUCCUUCAGUUCCAGAGGCGUUUGCUCCAGCCUCUCAAGAGAUGACCUGUGGGGCAUUUUUGAAACCCUGACUCAUGACUUAUUUUAGUUUUUUGCUGCUCUGUGAAAUACCUGGUCUAUGCCUCUUGAGGUCCCUGGACCAAAAUCAUCAUGGUGGCAUCUGAGCACAUUAUGCCACGUGCCCAUUAUUGUAUUGCUGUGUGAAGCAUAGGCUGACCUAAGUCAAUAGUAUUUAUGGUUAUAGCUGAUGCAGUGAGAAUAAUCAUAUGUUCACUGAAUCAUAUGUUCAGUGGAUCAAACCUAAUGAAAACUAUCAGAGAGUGCACGACCGAGGGCUGGGUCCUUUGCAGGUGCAGGUAGCUCCACUGAAAGCAAAGUAUGCCCAUUCACACAGGAGACAGUCAGUGUCCUUUCUGGAUGUUACUCCUUUGGCUUUAAGACAUUGGGUUAAAUUCUGCUGCCAUUCAAGUUAAGGGGAGUUUUGUCAUUGACUUCAGUGGGACCUGGAUUUAGCUCCAGAUUGUACAUUUGAGUAACAAGAAGCGCAUAACAGGUCAAAUACAUCCUUGGUGUAAUGGCAGUUGUCCUCACCAGAGUUAUGCUUAGAGAGGAAUUUAGCCAAUAGAUAUCAUGUGAUAAAUUGGUCAUAGGGAACACACACCUGAAAUUCAAUGUGCUAGAUCAUAAGAAAGCCAGAGCUGCUGGCUGCCAUUCAUUAGAACAGGACAGCAGAUCAGUGGCACUGGACUAGUGUUCCCAUGUCUCAGACCUUGCAACUCUUGUUCACAAGUACUGUAGCAAAACCCCCAGUUUUUCUUUUUUUAUUUAUUUUAAAAUGCAUUCCCUCCCCUUCCCCAGCCAUUUCUGACUUUUUCUCUCUCUCUCUAUUCCCUAUAGAUAAGUAU